GUGUUACAUAUUUAAUGGAACUCGAUGACAUUGUUUAUUUCAGUGCAUUUUUAACAUCGCUCAAUAUCGUUUGUGAACGCUCUCUCUCUGUCGUUACCGUGUAGAAGUGAGUUAUAAAAAAAAGAAGCAAACACAUUGCCAAAAAACCGACCAAAGACCAUAUUCGUGUUAAUAAAAUAUUGACAGUAAAAAUUCGAAACAUUAAAAAUAUUUUGUGUUGUGCGAUACGUCACCGCAGUACAACAUUAUUUGUGCAAGAAUAAAAAACCAACUGACAUUUUUCACUUAGAAAAAGCGAAAAACAUAAUAAAAAAUGGAGCAAUCAAUCACCUUUGCCGGUCUUCUUUUGUGCAUUUCAUUGGCAUCUGCCCAGCUGACAUACCAUUUGGACGCUAAUACCAAUUCAUAUACAUUGCAAACGCCAAACUCACAACAAACGUUCACACAACACUUCAACAAAGGGCGAAGUGGUGUCGCCAACCAAGGCGCCGCCGUUCAUCAAAUUCAAGCAGCCCCAAGCCAACCACAACAACAGAUAUUUUCCACUGCCCCACAACAAUUUGCCAGCAAUCAAAAUAAUGGUCAAGAGGAUAUAAAUAACUACUUCAGACAACAGUUAGAGUUGCAGCAACAACAGCGCCAAAGCGAACAACCGCAAAACAACAACUUGUACACAACAUAUCAAGUUCCAGAACAACAACAACAACAACGCCAAGCUCAGCAACAGCAACACCGACAAGCCCAGCCAUCACAAGAAGACGUUUAUUACCAACAGAUUCGGCAAGCUCAAUUACAAGAGCAACAACUUCAACAAUUGCAACAACAGCAACAGCAACAACAACAACAACAACAACAACAGCUUCAACAACAGCAACAAGAAUAUCAACAACAACAACAACAGCCUCAGUAUGCUCAACCAGCUCAACAACAAUUCGCUUAUCAACAGCCAGACUUUGCUGCUGACAAUAAUGUUAACCAAGAAGCCGUACGAUUCGCCCAAUCACAACAAUUAAAAUAUCAACAGCAACAACAAGCUCAUCCAGGCAACCCAGGCCGUGUUCAAUUCUCACCUGCCAGCGAAGUAUCACAAGUCAAGUUCUCCAGUAAUCUGGCGAGCUACAACUUCUAAAUGGGGGGAAUAGUGCCAUGACUACUGAUGCGAUGAUAUUUAAUAGCACUCAUAAUUUUAGCGUUGUCGACUUUAUUUAAUAUGUUUCCAUUCAUUCCUCUCUUUUUCUUAUUAUUGAAUACACGUAGCGAGAAUCAAAUAAAUUGACUUUUGGGAAAAAUGAUAAAAAUAGUUGAGUGUGAA